AUGCCGGAGUACUGCGUGACCGGCGGGACGGGGUUCAUCGCGUCGCACCUGAUCCGGGCGCUGCUCGCCGCCGGGCACACGGUGCGCGCCACGGUGAGGGACCCGAGCGACGAGGCCAAGGUCGGGUUCCUGUGGGACCUGGAGGGCGCCGACGAGCGGCUGCAGCUGCUGCGCGCCGACCUGCUCGUGGAGGGCUCCUUCGACGCGGCCGUCAGCGGCGUGGACGGCGUCUUCCACGCCGCCUCCCCCGUCGUCGUCAGCUACGAGGACGGCAAGGACGCGCAGGAGAAGCUGGUGGACCCGAUCGUGAACGGCGCGGGCAACGUGCUCCGCUCCUGCGCCCGGGCCGCGGUCCCGCCGCGCCGCGUGGUGUUCACCUCCUCCUGCUCCUGCGUGCGGUACCGGCACCACCACGUGCACGGCGGCGCCCCGCCGACGCUGAACGAGUCCCACUGGAGCGACGCCGACUACUGCCGGACGUACGGGCUGUGGUACGCGUACGCCAAGACGGUGGCGGAGAAGGAGGCGUGGCGUCUGGCGACGGAGCACGGGCUGGACCUGGUGGUGGUGAACCCGUCGUUCGUGAUCGGGCCGGUGCUGGGCCGGGCGGCGCCCACGAGCACCGCACUGGUGGUGCUGGCGCUGCUGAAGGGCGACCUGGGCAAGUACCCGAACACGACCAUCGGGUUCGUGCACGUGGACGACGUGGUGCUGGGGCACGUCCUGGCCAUGGAGGACGGCAGGGCGUCCGGCAGGCUCAUCUGCUCCGGCGACGUCGCGCACUGGUCCGAGGUGCUCAGGUCGCUCCGGGAGCGGUACCCGCAGUACCCCAUCCCCACAGAGUGCAGCGGCGGGAAGGGGGACGACAGGGCGCACAAGAUGGACACGAGCAAGAUGGAGGCGUUGGGGUUCCCUCCAUUCCUCUCCAUCCACCAGAUGUUCGACGACUGCAUCAAGAGCUUCCAGGACAAGGGUCUUCUUCUUCCUUGA